ACUAUAUCUAGGACAGAAAGUGGAAAAACAGCAGUGCCACAGCAGGCAGACACAAUCAAAACAAAUAUUUUUGUGCACAAUUUACCAUUAAAUUGCUAAAAGCUGAUCAAAAUAUCCGGAAAUUUCAAUUAAAACAUUUAAAACUGUUAAAAUGAAAAUUGUGCGAUGGGCCGCAAAAGUAGGCUCGUGGCAGCCCACUGAGGUCGAGUGGACGAAAGCCGCCUCUUUGAUCCAACUCGAAGAAAAAGAAAGAAUUGGCAAGUUUUAUUUCAAGAGGGAUGCGAAAUCUUCAAUGCUUGGUCGCCUUUUGAUAAGAAAAUUUCUCUCUCAAGCAACUGGCCUCUCGAACACUGAAAUAUUCAUCGAGAGGGAUAAAAAUGGCAAACCAGUUUACCCCUGUGACCCUUCUGUGAUCUUCAAUGUGUCUCACCAAGGUGACUUUGCGGUUUUGGCUGGAGUUGCUGGAUGUCUACCUGGCCAAAUGCUUGGUGUGGAUAUUAUGAAACUUGAAUACACUGGUGGCAAAAGCUUGAGCGAAUUCUUCAGGAUCAUGACUCGGAACUUUUCACCUAAAGAAUGGCUGUUAAUUAAAAAUCAACAAGAGGAAAGUAUCCAGCUGAAGGAAUUUUGUCGCCACUGGAGUUUAAAGGAGAGCUACGUGAAAGCCACCGGUACAGGCAUCACCGUGAAUUUGCAAAACCUCAGCUUUGCCACAUCUUCUCGAAUUGGUUCCACCAGCAGUUCUUUGACUGAUACGAUACUUUAUGAAAGUGAAGUUCCUUUGAACGAUUGGACUUUUGAGGAAUCCAUGCUUGACGAGAAGCAUUGUGUAUCUCUUUGUAGAAAUUUUAAUGUUAACAAUGUGGAAAAUUUCCAAACUUUGCAAAUUGAUGAACUGAUGGUUGACUUGGAACCAUUGAAUGCUCCCGACGUUAAUUACACUGCUAAUUUUAUGUCAAAAGAUGAAAAGCCUUAAACUAUUGUUAGUUAAAAAUUUAUUUCUUUUUAUUCAAAUGCUGUCGCCAUUUUUAUUUUUCUGGUUUUCAAUUUUUGAAAAACCUUUUACCAGGUCACUGAGAAGUGUUUGAAUUUCAACAAUUAAAAAAUUAGGCAAUUCCUAAAUUUUGUUAUUGACUGUUUUGCUUAAAAAAAUAGAUUGAUUGUCAUUAUAAAAAUUCAUUUCUUUUUGACCAACAAGCUUUUUAUUUAUAACGUAACAUCACUUGACUGUCUUUGCAAAUGUUUCAAAUAAAUUUCCUGCAGUGAUUGAGAUGAUAAGGUAAUCUAGUUUAAUUGCAUUUUUAUUUAUCUACAUAUGGCCUCUUUUAAACAUGUACAGCUGGCAAGUCAAAAUGUACACAAUCUGCCUCCUUACUCUCCGUUCUACUGAAUUUAGGUGAGGACAAGAACAGCUCUCGGAGCCAAAGAAACCAAUCAUUCCGAAUCUACAUAAACAACAUUAAAUGGCGUUGUUGCAUAACAGAAAAGAAAUUAAAUUCUCUCAAAGAGGAUUUUGACAGGAAUUCAAUUAGAAAAGAAAUUCAGUUUGUUCAUAUAGGAUUCACUGCUGCUGGCGACUCAUUAGACACCCAGUAGCUUCUUGACCGUGCGGACCACAUCCGAGGGCUGUGGCAGGGCAGCAAUCUCGAGGCUCUUGGUGUAGGGCAUAGGGACGUCGGCUCCGGUGAUCCGAACGGCCGGGGCGUCCAGGUGGAAAAAGACCUCACUCUCCAUGACUCUGGCGCAGAUUUCAGCUCCAAUGCCACACUGUGGCCAACCCUGCUCCACUGUGAUCAGACGGUGCGUCUUGACAACCGACUUGAGCACCGUAUCCAUGUCGAGAGGCCUCAGGGACCGCAGGUUGAUGACCUCGCACUCGAUGCCUUCCCCAGCAAGCAGCUUGGA